AUGACACCAUCACCACCCGCGACCUCAACCACGGGUCUCAUAACGCUCUUCUACGACCUCAAUCGACCUAGGGAAACACCUUUCCUCUCCCGCCAUUACUCCUCUCGAUCAGUGACGUCUUACCGGGACGACAUCUAUCCUUCCUUGCCCUGCAUUGCCCUCUACAUCCCGGAGCUCUCAGUCGCCAUCAUCACCUGCUACCAUGCUCAAUGCCUGCCUCUUCUCGGCAUGCGUGAUUUCUUGCCCACCAUUGGACCAGAAUCGAAAUUCCUCCAUGACCACUAUCUGCACCGGACCGCGUGUGCUCUGUCAGCGGCACAGAAGGGACAAAGCCCCUUUGUGAACCUUCUGCUGCCACUAGCGUCCUGCUCAGAUCUAAUCUUGCAGGCCGUCCUCAGCCUCAGUGGCGUUCAUUUUGGCGAAGAGGACAAGUCGAGUCAGCAAGCCGUCGUCACGUACGGGCAUUAUGCCCAAGCACUCCGUGGUCUGAAGUAUGGGCUCACAAAGUUUGCGUCAGGUCAGACCGAUCUCGCACUGGAGCUUUUGUUGGCAACGCUGCUACUGUGUUUCAUCGAGGGCAUCAGAGGCGAUACAGAGGGAAACUCGUUUCACCACCUCAAUGCGGCCCGACAACUCUUCCCCGUCAUGUUGGCCAACACAGAGCAGUUGGUCAGUUGUCGUGAGAUGGUAUUGUUCGUGACAGAGUUCUAUGCAUACGUGUUGACGCUGUCAUCCUUCACGUCCAAGACGUCUGUGGUUGACGACGCUCAAGUAAUAUUUAACGCCCUGUCGCGGCUCAAGACCCCGAUGACCGGGCCCUUUUUCGGCUGCGCUCGGGAACUAUUUGCUCUGAUACCGUCGGCGGCUGCCGCAAUCCGAUAUCUCGACCAUGAGCCUCGCACGAAUGAGCAGACGCAGCAACACGAUCCGUCAUUGACGACCAAUCUCCGCUCCCGAGUACUGUCGUGGGCCCCAGCACCGAUUUGUCGAGAUGACCAGGUCAUCGCCGGCAGGCUUUACCAGCUCUCGAUUCUUCUCCUGUUGAACAACACUGAAGAGCCCGGUGAGAUUGAGGGCGGCGACUUCCCGUCCUCGUCAGAGGUGCUGAUGUCGAAUUUCGUCGACAUGCUGCAGAAUCUCAAUGUCGGGGCCGAGAUCACAACCACGCUGUGCUGGCCGUUGGCCGUGGCUGGAUCAUACGCAUACGACGUCCAUCAUCAGCAAGUGAUCAAACAGUAUCUCGUGGAAAUGGAGGCACAUUACGCCUUCAAGAACCUCACUCUCUUGCGGACACUAUUGCAGCGCUGUUGGCAGGGUCGGACGGAGGAAGAUCAGGCCAACAUCACCUCGACCAUGAACAAGCAGGGGAUAUCUGUCAUGUUUUUUUAA